ACAUAACCUAACUUAUUUAUCCGACUGAUAUCGGUAAUGUACGCUAGAGGAGUUUUUCGGUAAUUAGUUACUUAUAAUCAGAAUAAUAGAAUAAUCAGUGUCUUGAUACAAUGAAUAAAAUGAUGUAUUUAAUUCCUUUGUCAUGGGUUUUCAUGAUAUGCUCAGUUCGUUCCCAUGAAGAAGAUGUACAUACAAUCAAAUAUACUGUAGAUAAUUUUGGCCAAGAAAUCGCCAAGAAAAACCACUUCGUCAUGUUUUAUGCUCCUUGGUGUGGACAUUGCCAAAAGUUUGCCCCAAAAUGGGAACAGCUAGCAGAAAUGCUGAAUGAUGAUGAAGGCAAUAACAUCAAAAUUGCAAAAGUCGAUUGUACUACAGACAGUGAUGUAUGCUCAGAACAAGACAUCACUGGUUAUCCAACACUGAAAUUUUACAAGGUAGGAGACUCUGAAGGUGUCAAAUUCAGGGGCACAAGAGAUCUCCCUACCAUCACAAAUUUCAUCAAUGAACAACUCCGUGAAGGUGAAGAGGAACCUGGUGAUGUUAAUGUUGUUCAAUCAUCAGGAGGUUUGAGUGAACUCACUGAGGAUAAUUUUGACCAGCACACCCAGAAUGGAAAACAUUUCAUCAAAUUUUAUGCUCCUUGGUGUGGACAUUGCCAGAAACUAGCUCCAACCUGGGAACAGUUAGCCAACUCUCUAGAAUUCCAAACAGAUGUGAGCAUAGCCAAAGUAGAUUGUACUCAGCACAGGACAGUAUGCAACAAUUUCGAGGUCAAAGGAUACCCAACCCUGUUAUGGAUCGAAAAUGGAAAGAGGGUAGACAAAUUCCAAGGUGAAAGAAGCCACGAUAACCUCAAAGAAUACGUGAACAAGAUGCUCGGCACGAAAAAAGAAGCUCAAGAUCUGGAUCGUUCUGAAACGGUCGAUGUGGUGAUAGGAGAGUUGACUGGCGACAGUUUCAAGUCUGGCAUCCAGACUGGCAUCACUUUCGUCAAAUUUUUCGCGCCUUGGUGUGGCCAUUGCAAACGUCUUUCACCGACCUGGGACAAUCUUAGAGAGAAGUUUUCUGCCAGACGGGACGUCAGCAUAGUUGAAGUAAAUUGCACUUUGGAGCCCAACAAGCACCUGUGCAACGAAGAAGAAGUGGAAGGAUUUCCCUCUUUGUUCUUGUACAAAGACGGUAUCAAAGUUUCGGAGUAUUCCGGGAGCAGAUCCUUGGAAGAUUUGUACGAUUUCGUUAUUAAACACACCCAACAUGAUGAAUUGUAAUUUCCUAAAAAGUUUUUCAGCCGUUUCUACAGGGCGUUAAAGAUGAUACACUCAUAAUAUUGAUGAAGUUUGUUCAUCAAUAACUUUGUUGAUUCUGAUUCAAGUUCGAUUUGACUGGGUGAAUUCCGUUAAUUUUAUACAGGGUGACACUAAACGUGGCUUUAAGACAAAUCUAUGGAAUGGCCAACUCAUUAAAAUACUGUAAUUUCAUAUCUAUUUUUCACAAUUUUUUCAAUUUUCACAAUAAAUAAAAUUAUUGUGGCAUCAUUCCAGAUUAUUUGGGAUUUUCUUCCUCGUUUCUAUAAAAUAAAAAUAUGAAUAUUAUUUCAAUAUACGUGUAGUGAUAUUAUACAGGUUGGGCAAAAGUAUGGAACCAGGUGAAUAUUUUAUUGGUAACCGUUUGUUCGAUUCUUUGAAUAUAUGUACAAGGUGAUCCCAGAACGUGGUGGAUUUAAAAAUGUUGUCGUUGAUGUUGCCACUUUUUCAGUUAUUCCGGAAUUAUUAUUAACUUCUUUAUUUUAAAUAGAACACUCUGUAUUUUAUUGAAUUUUUAGAUUCUCCCUGAAAUGUUGAUUUCAUCGAUGCAUCACACUUGGGGUCUAGCAAGAAUGAUUACUGAGAUAUAGGGUGUUCAAAAUCGGGAUUGUUUCAACUUUUGGAUUUUUUUUGUGUUCCGAAACUAUUCAUUAUUGGUCAAAACGGCUAACAUGUCCCUACGUCAUCUUUUGAUUCACUAUCUAACGACAUUUAAUUGAAACAAAUACAGGGUGGUUCAAGAUUCAGAAAUCUGAUCAUCCUGUAUCUGUUCCCAUUAAAUACCUAUAGAUAGUAAAUCAAAAGUUGAGAUAAGGACAUGAAAGCCGUUUUGACCGAUAAUGAAUAGUUUCGACACAAAAAAAUCCUAAAGUUGAAGAAUUUCGAUUUUGAACACCCAAUAUCUCAGUAAUCAUUCUUGCUAGACCCCUAGUGUGAUGGAUCGAUGAAAUCAGCUUUUCAGGGAGUAUCUGAAAAUUCAAUAAAAUACAGGGUGUUCUAUUGAAAAUAAGGAAGUUAACAAUAAUUCCGGAAUAACUGAAAGAGUAUGGCAACAUCGACCAUAAUAUUUUCAAAUUCACCACGUUUUGAAAUCACCCUGUACGUAUAUUCAAAAAAAUCUAACAAACGGUUACCGAUAUAUUCACCUGGUUCCCACACUUUUGCCCAACCUUGUAUAAUAAUUAUAAUAUUACUACACGUAUAUUGAAAUAAUAUUCAUAUUUUUAUUUUAUAGAUACGAGGAAAAAUAUCCCAAAAAUCUGGAAUGAUGAAUUUCACAAUAAUUUUAUCUUUGUAAAACAUACAAUGGAACAUUUUUUCCUAUGGUGAAAACAAGCAGGGGUUAUAUUUACAAAUAUAAUAUAAGGUGAUUGAUAGAUUUGGUUUGAUUAUGUACAGGGUGUGACUGCUAGGGCACUCCACAGAUUCUUUCAAAGCCAUUUUUUGUCGCUCUGUAUAAUAAGGUGAUUUACCCGAUUUUAUUGAAAUUUCAAAUGAGAUUCCUCAUUGAUUUACCUACACCAUAAAGAAAUGUAUAUUCAAAUCUGGCCUGGAUUAACAAACUUAUUUGUGUUUUGAGUGUAUAAAAUUUUGGUAGAAAUUUAAUCUGUCCUUAAGAGUUUGCUUAAAUUAUUCUUGACACUGCAAUUUGAGUUGAAAUUGGUAUUUGAAACAUUCUGUCGGAAUAAUAAUAAUAAUUUGCAUCAACUUUUCUUUCACAGUAUGAUGCUGAAAUUACGGUAGUUUAUUUUUUCUGCUCGGGUUAUUCAGUUUAAUCAUAACGCCGGGUGUAUACAGGGUGUAUCCUAACUACCGUUCCUAACUGCAGGAGGUUAUAUCUUUUAGGUCAUUUUGAGGAGAAGAAAAGUUCCUAUGAACAUAUAUCCGGAGUUGCUUCGUUCCUGAGAUACAGGGCGUUGAAAUUAAAUAAAAAAAAAACGGUAAUUAUAAAAUAUCAUGAAUAUCCUGGAACCGAUUUGGUUGAAAUUCAGUACUUUUAUCUGUCAAAUUUUCUGAAAUUUCAGCAUAACGAGUGUAAAUUAUAUUUUUGGCGGAAAUAAUGAAAAACUCAUUUCUCCAAUGCAGGUGUUCAUGAUAUGCAAUACAGUGGCUUUGAUUUUUUUUCUCGAAAACGAAACUGGAUACAAAGAAAAUACAAAAGACCAAAAAGUUGUAUUUUGAGCUGCUCAAUCUGAAAAAAAUAAAAAUUUACCAACAAAAGUCAGUGGCGUACUUUUUUUUACAAUAUUGUUGGCUGUGGUGCCCACUGAGACGCCACUGGCCCCAAUAAUUUCAAUCAAAAUAGGGCUAAAUAAGCGCCUUAUUAGUUCAAAUAAAAGUACCAAAUUUCAACCAAAUCGGUUAUAGGAUAUUCAUGAUAUUUUAUUAUAACCGUUUUUUUUUCUUUAAUUCCAACGCCCUGUACCUCAGAAACGAAGCAACUCCGGACAUAUGUUAAUAGGAACUUUUCUUCCUAAAAUGACCUAACGAAUCACCACCUGCAGUUAGGAACCCUAAUUAUGAAACACCCUGUAUACAGGGUGUUUCAUAAUUGACUGUCAAUAUACGAGGAGGCGAUUCUUGGGCCCAUUCUAAGAAGAAAGAUUCAUAUGAACGUAUGACCUAAACGUCCUAACUCUAUUACAAUGAAAAGUUAUGAUUCCAAAAUAUCAAAUAUGAAGGCGAAGUUCAUAAACUAUGAAUUGUAUUUCUGGAUUUUGAUAUAAAAAAUAAAAUCUAUUUCUCUGCAUUGUGAUAUUAUCAUAUUAAUGAUAUUGCUAUAAGCAUGUAGUGAAUAUAGCUUUUUAUUUUUUUAAGCGAUCAGAUUGAAACAAUUGUGGUCAUCAAAUUUGCUUAAAAAUGAUUGGGAAUUUCAGGAAUGAUUUCAAUUUCGAGAUCAGUGGCGUACCAUCAAUAUCUGCCAAAAUAGGUAUGUAAAAUUCCGUACGAACGCCACUGGUGGCAAAAAAAAAAUAAAGUACACUAACUGAUGCCUCUUGAUACAUAGUACAUGUAUGCCAAAUUUCAUUAGAAUAUCUGAAGUGGUAUUACAGAUAUUAAUGAAAAACUAUUAAUUUUUGAGAACUUUAUCACCCUGUAUCUCAAAAGUUAGGACGUUUAGGUCAUACGUUCAUAUGAAACAUUCUCCCCAAAUAUUGACAUCCAAUUAUGAAACACUCAGUAUACGUUUUUUUUCUCUUAGUCUAGCCUUAAUUUUGACAUCAUUUAGAAAAAACAUUCCAUAGAAUUAAUACAUACUAAGUUUUGGUUUUAUACUGUGCCUGAUGUGUUAUGUUUUUCUCUCUGUUAUUUCAAUUGAUCUGUAAUUUGUUACUCAUUGGUUAGGUUGAAUUUGAAAGCAGUGAGAUUAUUUGUUAGCGAGAUAUUUGAAUGAAAAAAUUGUUCUUGAUAAAUAAGGUAGUUCCGUAGGUAGGUACUGAAUUAUUGUGGGCAAUAUGUAUGAAUUAUUUCUUUAUCAUCUGUAUCUUCCCAUUCAAUUUCCAUUUUCCCAUAACUUUUUGGGAAUCGUUGAGCACACAUAUUUAUUAAGAUCUUUCCAAAUGUGAUUUUACUUUGUUUGAAUUUGUUGAAUUGAAUUGUAAAUAAAUAUUGAUAAAACUG